AGCUUUUCCCAGGGCUCCACUGGCUCGCUAUCGACACUAGAAACACCGACCCAGCCUUCCUCAUAUCUGAACUUAAUCCCACCGAUCCCCGCGCCGUCCGUCACGCCGUACUCCCCUGAGAGCGGCCACUUUUAUAGUCCCGCUCCCCCCGUCUUUCCCACUCUGGAUGUCAGGUCUCGACUGGGCACCAACAAUAGCACGUCUGGCCAGGGCAUGGCACAUGCCCCUCGGCCCGCAGCAUUGCCGCAUCCAGGAACGCACUUGAGCGCCCGAGACCUCUACUCGUCGGCCACACCGGGCUUCAGGAGGCCGGACCAUCACGUCCAGAGGGCUCCGUCCUACUCGACCUUGCGACGCCACAACCCCCUCUCGCCAACGGGCAGCUCGGCAUCAUACGCAUCGCUCACCAUGGACGCCGGCUACCCCGGGUCCAAGACCCAGCAGAACAUCCCGCCUCUGGGCUCCGUCGUAAUGCUGGGUCACCUCUCGUAUGCCGACUCGCAGGCGACCGCAAUCAAGGUCGAAAUCAAUGGCCUUAUUGACAAGGGCUUCUUUAUGGCCGACAACGAUUGGACGUGCUAUCGGCGCAACUACUUCUCCUGCGUCUGCUCGUAUUCGAUAUCACCAACAAUACAUAGCGCACCCAUACACUUCAUGCCGGACGGGUCCACUCAAGUGUAUAUCGUGUACGGGUUCGCCAUGUGCAUCUCGGCCGUCGUAUCGGAUAAUGACAGCCACACCAUCGAGCUGGUUCAGCACACGCCCAAGCGGGACAAGGGUCCCAUCGCCAAGCCUGAAAAGGUACGUCUGACGGCAAGGCCGCCGCAAGCCAGCCAUCACGCCCUGACGAGCCUCUACGCGGGCCCAGACGGAAGCCUGGGCUCGUCGUCGAGGUACGAACAAGGGUUCGGGCCACCGUCGCAGCAGGGCUCAGCGCCAACCGAGCACACGUUUGAGCGCAUCCAGUUUAAGCAAGCCACAGCCAACAACGGAAAGAGGAGGGCAGCCCAGCAGUACUACCACCUGCUUGUUGAGCUCUGGGCCGAUGUCGGGCAGCAGAACGGUGGCGAGCAGUGGGUCAAGGUUGCCUACAGGAAGUCGGCCAAGAUGAUUGUGCGUGGGCGCUCGCCGGGUCACUACCAGUCGGAGAGAAGGGGCAGCGCGAGCAGCGGCCCUGGCGGCUCCGGCGGCGGCAGCAUUGGCGGCGGCGGCGGCGGCGGCUACUCCACGGGCAUACUCGGUCCCACCGAAUACUCUACCGGCUCCUCCAUGCUCGGAGGAGGAUACGGACAGGGCUACGACCCGCGCUCUAGCGGUUAUGGUGGCACGCGCCACCACCACGAACUGACAAUGGAACCUAUGAUCUCGGCCGAGGAGGUAAAAGCCAUUACGGAUACGAAAAGCUACCAAUACUAUCCGGCAACGAUCUACGAAGGCGAGCAAGACCCGAGGCAUCACCAGCAGGUGGAGCUCUACUCGCACGCACGGAACGACGUCUCCGAAGGCAAUACCGCGAACUCGAUGAACGGGGCUUUCGAUCCCACCAAGGUCAAGCCUGAGAUGGAAAAUGGGCUGCCAAGUCUGUUCUACCAUAACGGGCCAUACUAUUCACCGCGUUGUGGGCGCUUUGAAGGCAAAUCGGCUUCGAACGGCCAAUAUCCCACCCUCAUCCCACCACCGUCGACGUCGACUAUGAGCAUGACGUAG